UCUGUUGUAGUAGCAACAAAAGGGCAAAAAUGGGUACACUACAGAUAACUAAAACUAGAAAUGAAUAAUAAGAGGCGCAUAACAUUAAAAUGAUAAUACAAUAAAUAGAUAUAAAUAGAUAAUAAAACAAACAUUUAAAACAAAAUUACAAUGCAUGUGACAGUGGUGUGAUGUUAUUAACUACAAUUUGAUUUUAUCUUACUGAUAACAUUCAGCCUAAAUGACUUGCCAGCCCAGCAGAGUAAGCAUUAUGACUUGACAAAUAAUGAUAACAAUCAAAUAUUAUAUUUCCUAGAUUAUGUUAUAGAUUAGCAUAUUUUAUUCCAAUAUCUAACAGCAAUAUUAAAGCAACAUUAUGUAGAAAUUGGCAUUUUGUGCUAUUUGGUGCCCCACACAGUUUCAGAGUGAAGCACCACAUCAUUACAAUUUUAUGUGUUCAAAACUUGAAUCUCGAAACGAUCAUGUCUGUAACUGAAGUCACUGCAGUAACAUAGUGCAGAAACAGGUGAUAGAGUGGCAGAGACAGGGACACCAUUCACCCUGUUAAAAGACACUGAACCAUCAACAUGAUUUUCAAGCUGUUAUUUUAAGGACUACCAUAAAGUUGGUGUAUUUUUUUGAGAGUAAGAUGGAAGAAAACAAUGGGAUUUGAAGGAGGCUGAGACGUCCUGAAUUAUAAUCCAUAUGGGUCCAAAAACGCUGCCUCCUACAUAGGCAACCUCAUAGCUUCUUUCACUUCUUUCAUCUGUCUGGUAAAAGAUCACCUUUUUAAAACCCCAUCCAGCUUGUAAAUACCCAAGUCCAAGCCAAGAUAAACUGGUAAUUUCUGCAGACUUUAUAGCUCCCUCCAGAGCCACAGCAAACAUCCCUCAACUAUUUUCACAGGCUGAGAGGUGUUUCCCAUGACCGGAAAACAGAUCUUGUAUUGUACCCCAUUUAAACCCAAUUUUGAUGCCACCUUACAGGUUUGUUUUUUUUUAUAUCAGUUGAAACUUUGGGGGGAUUUAUUUGUGGCACUGCUUGCACUGCUUCAUUAAGGACUUAAUUAAAGUAACCCUAUGAGAAAAAUGAAUAAAAGAUGAUAGUCACUGGUUGAUUAAUAUAUUAAUUGGUUUAUAAAAUUGUGUUUGGAGUCUUAUUUCUUCAUUUAAAGUGCUUAUUUUGAACGUUUAAGCCUUUAUCUUAAUUGAAUUGUAAUAAUAUUCUACAGGCUUUCAGAAGAUGUGAGACUGUUAAGUAUUAUUUCUGCAGAGAAAAGAGCGGUUUCACUUUUAAUUGGUCCUCCUAACAGUAUAGUAUAUUCUGGAGCAGAUAUUAGACUUUAAAUUGGCCUUUUUAAAGAGGCUAUACCCUUACACUGCCAACAGUUAAGGCUGUGAGCAGGGGGGAUACAGGGAUAUGUCUCUCUAAUCAUCAAGGGUCACACUGUUCAAAAAAAAAAAAGUUACAGCGGAAUUGAGUAUUUAUAUGUGGUUAAAUCUCCAUGUUGUCUCAGUUAUGUGUCCAUGCGGGCUCCCGGCUUUGCACUGUGUUAAACAAGAUUAUGGGAUGGACGGGAUGGGAUGUAGAGCUCUCCCAGCCCAACCGCGACGCGAGCACAGCGCAUAUGUGUCGACUGUGGGAUGCAGCAGCAUCCUCUCUCUCAAAAGCACUGCUUCAGCACAGUCAGUCAGACCGCCUCAACGCGCCGAGGAUGCUGCUGCUGCUGAUGCUGCUGCUGUAGGAUGCUGCCCGAGGAUCCAGCCCGACACACCGAGGCGUGCACAAAUAAGUCCGUCACAUGAAGCGCACUGCAGAUUAGACCGGGAGUAGUAAGAGAAAAAAAAAGAAAGCAAGAAAUUCCACAAAACUCUCAUCAUCUUCCUCGUUUUCUUUGUUUUUUUUCUCAACUUGCCACCGGAGCAUGGCGAGUCGUCGGCACGGAUGCGGCUCCGCGGCGGCUCUAGAAGUUCACAGGCAGAGGUCUGAAUGCCAUGACUCUUGACUUUGGACCGGAUCUCCAGCGCAGCGCGUUAGAAACCCAAAGGUGGACCUUUUGUCCUUCUGUGCAGAUUGUGCGUCCUCGCUGGGUGUUACCUGAUCAACAUGUGGCACUUAAAUAACCGGCGCCUCUAUGGAUAAUUAUUGAUCCCCGAAGAACCCACCGGGUGCUCCUUAUUAUUCACAGUAAUGGAAUGAAGACAUUAUCUUUAAUAUGAUGGAUGAUAGAUCCAGCAAGCUCAUCUUGGUUCCUAUCCUGGCGGUGCUUUUUGUUAUGAUAGGUUACCAGUACAUAUGUCCCGCCGGGAGCAAUUCGUGCCACUUUAAGGCUGGGGACACGCUGAAGGGGGUGAGCCUGCUUUCCAGCCCGUACCAGGACAGCGACGACUUCUACCGAGACCAGGACCUGGAGGAUGACAGCCCGCAGAAGGUGCCGUCCAAAUUCAACUUCACCGAGAGAGACCUGGACAGACACGUGGAGUUCAACAUGAAGGGGGACGACGUGAUCGUGUUCCUGCACAUCCAGAAGACAGGAGGGACCACUUUCGGGAGACACUUGGUGAGGAAUAUUCGCCUGGAGCAGCCGUGCGACUGCAAGCCGGGCCAGAAGAAAUGCACAUGUCACCGGCCGGGGAAAGAGGAGUCCUGGCUCUUCUCCCGGUUCUCCACCGGCUGGAGCUGCGGACUGCACGCAGACUGGACCGAGCUAACGAACUGUGUGCCGGUCAUAAUGGAUAAGAAGGAGGCCCAGAGGAAUAAAAGGAACUUCUAUUACAUCACCAUGCUGCGCGACCCGGUCUCCCGCUACCUGAGCGAGUGGAAGCACGUCCAGCGCGGAGCCACGUGGAAGACCGCUCUCCACAUGUGUGACGGACGCUCACCCACCCAGGACGAGCUGCCCACCUGCUACAACGGGGACGACUGGUCCGGUGUCACCCUGACCGAGUUCAUGAACUGCCCGUCCAACCUGGCCAACAACCGGCAGGUGCGCAUGCUGGCCGACCUCAGCCUGGUGGGCUGCUACAACCUGUCCUCCAUGAACGAGAGCCAGCGCAACCACAUCCUCUUGAGCAGCGCCAUGAGCAACCUGAAGAACAUGGCUUUCUACGGCCUGACGGAGUUCCAGCGCAAGACGCAGUACCUGUUUGAGCGGACGUUCAGCCUGCGCUUCAUCUCGGCUUUCACGCAGAUCAACAGCACGCGAGCCGCCAACGUGGACCUGAGCGAGCUCGUGCGCAGGCGCAUCGAGGAGCUCAACUUCCUGGACGUGCAGUUGUACGAGUACGCCAAGGACCUGUUCCUCCAGCGCUUCCAGUUCACCCGCCAGAGGGAGCACCAGGAGGUGCGCUUGAAGAGGCGCGAGGAAAGGCGCUGGCUGAGGGAGCAGAAAGAGCAGGCGAGGCCGUGGCCGGCCAAACACAAGGGGGGAGGAAAUAGAGGCGGGAGGAGGGGAGCAGGCGGGGAGAAAGGGACUGAAGGUGUCUUCCCCGCCACCACCGAGGACUACACGAGCCAAGUGGCCCGUUGGCCCUAACGCCUCCAAACCACACGGCCACGAAGCAGUUUUCCCCCGUCCCUCAAAUCCAAUCAGCACAGCGGUACGCGGAGAUGAAAGAGGGGCUUGUUUUGAUGCGGCUGAAUAGGCUUCAGUGAUGCUUUUUACGCCUCUUAUUUCAUAUUCACUCCAAAUUCCUGCUUAUCAAAUUAAAUGUAGACAUUGAAGUGUUGUGGCUGCUGCUAUUUGAACACGAUGUUUCUUCUGUGAUUGCAGUAGAAAAAAAGAAAGAAAAAAAAUACCUCAGAGAGCGCACUUUUGUUCCAUUAUAAAAGAAUCACCCGCGCUCUGUCCUGGUUGAGUGAUUCAUCCAGUUCAUACGGUGAACAUGUUCAACUGGAGCUAAAUUGGAGCACUUGUCUGCGUGGAUGCACUUAAGUCUGUGCGAGCGUGUGCAUGAAUGGGGAAGUAGAAAGAUGGGGCGUGUAGCAUAUAGAUAACAAUCAUCAAUCAUGUGUUUGAAGAGGUGGUGCCACAGCUCUGAAUAUUGAGUCAUUCCGUGUUUAAUUUAUAAUUCACAUAUUUAGCAGUGAAACGACACGAUGACACAUGUUUCAGUCUAUGUGAAAUGAUUGAUAAAGGGUCAUUUUGGAUACUUAUUUCUCCUAAAGAGCAGUUUAGUCAACUUUAUUCAAUUCAUUUCGUCUCAGUUUUAUGCUACUUUAUACAAAGGCACAAAGGAUAAAUUCACCCAAAAAUGAAAAUUAGGUCAUUAUGUACUCUUAUAUUUAUAGGCCACAAAACAUUUCUGGAGUUUCACAGCAAAGCAGCGUUGCAACAUUCUCCUGAACAGCUGAAGUAGAUGGGACUUGUUUCAAAACAUAAAUAAAAUAACUGAUAGAAAUCAUAAAAUGGCACAAUCUAAGUCUCUGGAAUCCUAGAAAUCCCAAAUUAAUAUGAAGAAACAUUAUUUGUGUCCUUUGUUAAAGCCAAAAUCUUCACUGUAGCUACUAAGAUGAGAGCACAACCUGUCUUAAGUGGGUGCACAAAAUUGACCUGGCGUCAGGGGUGUAAAUCGUGUCUUUUCAAAGUAAUUUGGGAUUCCAUGGACUUGGUUUCUGCCAGAUGAGCUCUACUGGGCCAUUUUAUGUUGUUUCUUUCAGUUGUUUUGGUACAUCUUUAAACAAACUUUAAACUGUUCAAAUGAAUUUCAAAAUUAGAAAAGGAAUUUUGCUAUUUUCCGUGUGUUUGCGUGGGUGCGAUUAGAUGAUGACAGAGUUUUCCUCUUUGGUAAACUUAUCCUUUAAACCCUGCUGCAUUGGCUUUAAAGCUUAAGUUCAAAAACGCUACUCACAAGAUGAAAAUCAGAUGUAUAAAAAUUGCAGGAACAUCAUCGAUGCAGAUGCUUCCACACAGGUGCACUGCACACUACAAUUAAGCAAUUAACACCAAAUCGUGCUCUGUGGCCAUAUAAAGCUGCCGAGCACGCCCAGCUGGUUCUGAUUUUUCAGACAGUUACACAGAGAGGGAUGCAGCACGUCAGUAGGUCUCCAGAACUGUGGGAAAAGUUCAUGUGGUCAGUCGAGUCAUCCUUCACCAUAUUCUCAACAGGCGGGUGAGAGCAAUGUGUGGCACACACCCAGAACAAGGUGCAAAUCUACUGGCAUAGUCUGGGUCCUCUCAUCCUUUUAGAAGGAAGGGUCACUCCAAAUCAAUACAGAGUCGUUCCGAGCGAUCACCUUUGUCCCACAAUGAAAGAAGCAUUUCUACCCUGAUGGGUCCGUCCAUGGUGACAAAGCCUCCACCCAAAGGGCACGAGGCCCCACUGAAUGGUUUGACAGGUAUGAAAAGGAUGUGAAUCGUAUGCUGUGGCCUUCAUAUUGAACAGAUGUCAACCCAUUUGCACACCUGAUGAUUCUGGACCGAAGUGUUCAACAACGCUGUCCACCACUGUCAAACACCAAAUUAUGGAAUAUCUCGGUGGAGCAGCAACUCUUACAGACCAACACCAGCGUUGUUCGACACAUGUUCAUGUGUCAUUACCAGUAGUUAACAUAUACACAAUACCUUUGAUAUGUUCUGCUUAAUUCUCAAUGCUGCCCUUACAUUAAAUGUUGAACCACCAAAAUGCUUAUCUGCUUUAGCAGGACAGUGUGGAUGUGGUUCGAUAAGAUCAGACACACUGAAAUCCUUUACUCAUGCUUGUUAAGUUAAAGUACCCAUGCAUUAUUGUAAACAAAAUACUCCAUUGCAAGUAACUUACUUCCUACUUAAGUAAAAUCACCGAAGUAUGAUCUACAAAAUGUACUUCACGUACAGUAAAGCAGUUGUCAUGCAGUAAAAUUGUCCCUUGUGACUGAUUUAUCAUUACGUAUCAAAUGCUAACACUCUCUGUUAAAUAUUGCAGGCCUCAACAAUGUAUCAGUGUGUGGGCAGCCUCCAAAGUGGUUACAUGAGAUGAUUCCUGGUAGAGGGAAAAAAAAUAAAUAAAUAAAACAUUCUGCUACAUAAAUCUAUUUUUCAUUUUGUUUCCUCAGAUAUCGGAUCAUUUUUGGGGGAUUGUUAAGUGGACAAAAGUUGAACACAUGGCCCCAGCUAGAUAUGGUUUUACUACAAGGGAUCACGAGCCAAAUAUGCUGGAAACCACUGGUUUAAUCCCAGCAUAUUGCUGUAUUUGCUGCCUUUCAGUAAACUUCACCUGUAACAGAGCAUUUACGCCUUCUUCACUAAAGGCAAAUCACAGUUGGAAAAGCAGGUAUAAAUAAUCCAGUGAAUGAUGUCGGAACUCCAUGAAGCUGCUUUGAUUUGAGUAACUGCUGUUAUCAUUCAUACUAUUAGUGAUACCUGUGCUUUUCCUACUGUGAUAACUCAAAACAUCAACUGUGGACAAAGGCCUUUUUUUGCUAUCAUUACUUACUUAUUAGUACUUCUUCAAUCACAGAUCAAUGCAGUCACUGCAAACUGCAGUAAGACCACAGUAGGAUCUCUUCUUCCUGAAGAAUAAUACGGUACAGUAAUAGCUGUUUUAUUUUAUGAUGGAAAUGUAUUUCAAUAAACAUGCUGCACUGCUGUGUGACAGGCGGGAGGGUUUACAAUGUUCCCCGGUGACAGAUGGCACCAGCAGCGGAUGAGCAGUAUGAUCGCAUUAUAGCUAUUAAUGAAGCACUUCAUGUGUUGUCAGUGUGCUAUAUACCCAAGUUAUAUAUACGGCAUAUGUGUGUGUGUGUGUGUGUGUGUGUGUG